AUGGAAUUCUACGAAAAGGCCGCCCCAGUAAUCCCCCGCCCAAAGCCAAUGAAGGUCCUCGUCCUAUCACUCCCACGAACAGGAACAACAUCCAUAUGUGCAGCCCUCAGACACCUGGGGCUAAACCCCUACCACUUCAGCGAAGCCUCUAAGAAUAAGAACAACGAGCACUUCCAGCUCUGGCUUCAGGCCGUGCGGGCCAAAUAUGAUGGGAUUGGGACCCGUUUUCAGGGAGAGGACUUUGAUCGGAUUCUUUGGAACUAUGAUGCCCUAUCUGACGACCCCUGCUGCCUUUUUGUUGAGGAGCUGCUCUCCGCCUAUCCCAACGCAAAGAUCAUCCUGACAACUCGCGACCGCGCCGCCUGGCUACGCUCUAUGCAGAGAUUCAUCCUGGAGAUUCUGUCCUGGCGGUCGAUGCGCCUCCUCUCGUACCUAGAUCCUGAGUUCACGGGUCCGUAUCAGGCCUUGCUCAAUCGGACGACCACCGUUCUGUCUGGGGGUCAGCCACCGUGUGCUCCGUCCUCUGUUCCGGCGUUACUGGCGUCGUUUGAUUCGCACUAUGAGCGUGUGCGAGCUGCUGUCCCACCGGAUCAGCUGCUGGAGUUUCAUCCUGGAAUGGGGUGGGACCCACUGUGUGGGUUUCUAGGUGUGGAGGUGCCUGAGGUGGCGUUUCCGCAUUUGAAUUCAGGAUCUGAGGCUAUGGAACUCGAGGUUGAACUUUAUUGGGAUAGGUGGGCUGUUGUUGGAAGACGUUCUCGCACGUCGUUAAUGAUCAUCGAUGAGAACGCCGUGGUGGUGGAGCAAGAUAAGAUUGGGAUCUGA